UAUAAAUCAGUGUGGCGAUAACGAGGUUAGUUCAAUCAGGGAGGAUGAGGUGCUCUGCUAGCAGUUGAGGUGCUAAAAAAAAAAAAGCUUCCUUAAAGCUCCUUGUUCCAGCCUUGCCGGGCGUGUGGGAGCCCAAGCACAGCUGAGUCACGUACCCAGGGCUGGGAGGGGCCAAGUGCCACCCUGGUUGCGCAGUUGAGAUGUCAUGAGCACCAUGCCCAGUUCACGCAUCUGCUGCUAUGCACCUGCUUGCGAAUGCCACCCGUGAAUGGGAGUGGGGGUCAUUCCUUUCUCUUGGGCUGCCCUGCUGAAGCAUCAAACGGUAACGUGUUGCUUUGUCCUGAAAUGUUUUUCUAAGCCUAGCAGGGAGAGAAAAGAGCAGAAAGGAGGGGGGCUGGGGGUGUUAUCAGAGCCCCCUCCAAUAGAGCUGUGGUUCCUUGCAACCAGAUGGCACUUCACUCUACUAGCCGUGCCAAGCAUUAGCAGCUCAGUGGCUGGACUAUGAUAACAAUGGGCUGGGGCAGGGAGCUGUGCAGGUAGAGCUGUGGGGUGCAGGUGAGCUGUCCUAGCAACCUGCAGCCUGAGUAGGCGGGUUAGCCGUGCCAAUGCCCUGUUGUGAUAAUAGCAUUGGUGUGCGUGGGUGCCCCAGAAAGCACGUACUCGCUCAGUGGGAACUGAUGGAGCUGGAUCCUGAGAGACAGGGACACUGAGGUUGGAUCCUGGAGGGGAGGGAUUUGCUCACCUGAACCUUCCCCUGGGCUGAUGUGUGACAUUGUCAGAUGGAUCUCUGUCUCACAGACACAUGCACCACUCGUCACUUUGGAAAGUGGAGGGAGUGGUGCGCUCCAGCGGGAUAGCCUGGGUUCAUCAUCACGUUCAGGUUCCACAGGGAAUGUUUGCAGCCUCUGCCAUGUGUCUAUUGUGUCUCCUCCUCCAUUCGUGCUGCCUUGUAGAGUGUGAGGCUCCAUUAACAACGUGUUAACCCUUGAGGGCUCAGCCGAACUGGCACCUGCUGCUUGGGCCCUGCCUUGGUCUGAGAUGGGAUCGCCUCCAGCUGGAGAUCCUUCCCAGGAGGCAGAGGAGCUGUUUGAGCAGGCGCCGAACCAAGAGGAACAGGCUGAGACGGACACAGAGGAGGAACCAGAAUCAGAACCAAAGCCCAAAUUCAGCAGCAAAGCAAAGAGAGCAGCAAUUGGAGCAGGUGUUGGAAUAGGAGUUGCCGUCAUUGGGGCCCCAGUAGCAAUCUGGGCAGCAGGCUUCACUGGAGCAGGCAUUGCAGCCGGGUCGUUCGCUGCCAAGAUGAUGUCAUCAGCUGCCAUCGCCAACGGAGGAGGAGUGGCUGCUGGGAGCCUUGUGGCAACGCUGCAAUCAGCGGGUGCUGUAGGACUCUCACUAAGUGCUAAAGUUGGGCUGGGCACUGCUCUAGGAUCUGUAGGGGCAGCUGUUGGCUCCUGGUUCUCUAAGGAUAAAUGAAAGCUAUGCAAGUCCUGCUGGCAUCUGAAGUAGACACUGACCAGUCCUGGAAACCCUUAAGCUGCAAAGCUGGGCCCAUGCAGCAAGCUAUGUGAUGUGGGGUGGUAAUUACUUCGUUGUUGCCUGGGAAAAGCUACUGCAAACGAGUCGCUUGUUCUGCCUUUUCUUGAAUGGUUGUUGAGCUGCUCUGAUUAUGGUGGGGGUGUGUGUGAAAACAAUAAAGCUGGUUUUAAAUGGACAAACUGGUUAGUUUGAAAUUGAUGUGGGGAGAGUCAAAGCCCUGGGGAGCAUCGGAGGUGGUGAUAAGCAUCUCCCUUGGAGUGAAUUCUGUGCCCAGUCCUACCU